GAGCCUCAAGCCUUGCAAGGAUGGCACAGCAGAGAAGACCCGCCAUCCGUGCAAGAAGCUCAGGCGGUCAGAGAACGUCCAUGGUGCCAGGAGCCUCCGCUAUCUCUGACAGCCUCCAUCCCUAAGAGAGGCCGUAUGGCACUGCACGGCUUGCGGCGUCCUGCACCGGGACAUCAAGCCAGAGAACCUCCUCGUCAACCCAGAGACUGGCGACCUGAAGCUGAUGGACUUCGGUUGUGGCACCUGCCUCCAGGAGCGGGCCUUCACACAGUUUGCCGGUGAGCCCAGAGCGCGGGCCCUGCUCCCAGUGCCAGGCACUGCACGGCCCCAUUCCCUCCUGGGCCGCGGGGUGCAGCAUUCAGCCGGCUGCCGGCUGCCCUGUGGCACGGGGCAGGUGCUGUGCCCCAGGAGCCGGCUGCCGGCCCUGCCGACAGAAAGGGGCUGCAAAAGCCGGGCCCUGGGUCCUCGGCUUGGCAGGCCCACAAGGCCUUGGGCUGCUCCGCUGGCGUUCUCAGCCUUGCAGAAUGGUUCCUUGGCUUUGGCCCAUUGUCAGGGGGAGGCAGGCACGCCUUGGGGGGAAGUUGUGGCCACGGCUGCAGUCCCUGCCUCUGGCAGGAGGCUGGCACCAGGCUCUGGAAGGCAGCAGCCUGCGCCUGAGCAGCGCCGCCCGUCUCCCCUAGGAACACGCACGUACUGCCCGCCCGAGUGGAUCGGCCUGCGCUGCUACCACGGCGAUGGGGCGACCAUCUGGUCCCUGGGCGUGCUGCUGUUGGAGAUGGUGUGCGGGUUCCUGCCCUUCGAGAACGAGCGUGACACCGUGUUGGGGCAGCUCUUCUUCCCGCAGGAGGUCUCUCCAGAGUGCCAACAUCUGAUCCGCUGCUGUUUGUCCAAGCACCCCAUGGACCGGCCGGUGCUGGAGCAGAUCUUCUACCACCCUUGGGUGUUGGGUGGCCAUUUCUGAUGCCUUGGCGCAGCCUCUGCAGCACCCAGUUCCCGUGUCCCACGCAGGACUGAGGGCCCAGGAAAUAAAACAACCCAAAACCCACUGCGGGCUGGCGAGUCUGGUCCUUGUUAGCAACUUCAGCUAAGGGAACCUCUGGGCAAAAGGGGUAAUCAGAGCGUUCCCUUCAGCCUUUGUCAAGCUUUUGGUGCCUUUCCUCCAGGUUGUCCCUCAAAAUCAGAGGGGGGUGGAGCCUGCACCAGUCCCCCCAAAUCGGUGGGAGACAGAGACUACUCCCAGGCCCCUCAAAACUGGAGGAGGAUGGAGACUAUCCCCGGGCCCCCCAAACUGAAGGGAGAUAAAUACCUGGCAACCCAAAAUAAGAGAUGGAUGUAGCCCAGAGCAUCCCCCAAGUCAGAGGGGGAAGGGGAGACUGCCAGCCCCACCAAAGAGGAGGGGAAUUGUG